CCGCCCCGGAGCCGGCUCCGGGCUGGGAAUGGGCCCGCGACUCCGAGGGCGGGGCGGGAAGGCGGCGAGGAGCCGAGCUGGGUGCGGUGAGGCGCGCAGAUCACCGCGGUUCCUGGGCAGGGCACGGAAGGCUGAGCAAGGCUGACCUGCUGCAGCUCCUGCCUCGUGCGCUCGCCCCACCCGGCCGCCGCCCGAGCGCUCGAGAAAGUCCUCUCGGGAGACCAGCGCCUGUUCCCGGGGCAGAUCCAGGUUCAGGUCCUGGCUAUAAGUCACCAUGGCACAGCAAGCUGCCGAUAAGUAUCUCUAUGUGGAUAAAAACUUCAUCAAUAACCCGCUGGCCCAGGCCGACUGGGCUGCCAAGAAGCUGGUAUGGGUGCCUUCCGACAAGAGUGGCUUCGAGCCAGCCAGCCUCAAGGAGGAGGUGGGUGAAGAGGCCAUUGUGGAGCUGGUGGAGAACGGGAAGAAGGUGAAGGUGAACAAGGAUGACAUCCAGAAGAUGAACCCGCCCAAGUUCUCCAAGGUGGAGGAUAUGGCGGAGCUCACGUGCCUCAACGAAGCCUCGGUGCUGCACAACCUCAAGGAGCGUUACUACUCAGGGCUUAUCUAUACCUAUUCAGGCCUGUUCUGUGUGGUCAUCAAUCCUUACAAGAACCUGCCCAUCUACUCUGAAGAGAUUGUGGAAAUGUACAAGGGCAAGAAGAGGCACGAGAUGCCCCCUCACAUCUAUGCCAUCACAGACACCGCUUACAGGAGUAUGAUGCAAGACCGAGAAGAUCAGUCCAUCUUGUGCACGGGUGAAUCUGGAGCUGGCAAGACAGAGAACACCAAGAAGGUCAUCCAGUAUCUGGCGUAUGUGGCGUCCUCCCACAAGAGCAAGAAGGACCAGGGUGAGCUGGAGCGGCAGCUGCUGCAGGCCAACCCCAUCCUGGAGGCCUUCGGGAACGCCAAGACAGUGAAGAAUGACAACUCUUCCCGCUUCGGUAAAUUCAUUCGCAUCAACUUUGAUGUCAACGGCUACAUUGUUGGAGCCAACAUUGAGACUUAUCUUUUGGAGAAAUCUCGUGCUAUCCGCCAAGCCAAGGAAGAACGGACCUUCCACAUCUUCUAUUAUCUCCUGUCUGGGGCUGGAGAGCACCUGAAGACCGAUCUCCUGUUGGAACCGUACAACAAAUACCGCUUCCUGUCCAAUGGGCACGUCACCAUCCCCGGGCAGCAGGACAAGGACAUGUUCCAGGAGACCAUGGAGGCCAUGAGGAUUAUGGGCAUCCCAGAAGAGGAGCAAAUGGGCCUGCUGCGGGUUAUCUCAGGGGUUCUUCAGCUCGGCAACAUCGUCUUCAAGAAGGAGCGGAACACUGACCAGGCGUCCAUGCCCGAUAACACAGCUGCCCAAAAGGUGUCCCAUCUCUUGGGUAUCAAUGUGACCGAUUUCACCAGAGGAAUCCUCACCCCGCGCAUCAAGGUGGGACGGGAUUACGUCCAGAAGGCGCAGACUAAAGAGCAGGCUGACUUUGCCAUCGAGGCCUUGGCCAAGGCGACCUACGAGCGGAUGUUCCGCUGGCUGGUGCUGCGCAUCAACAAGGCUCUGGACAAGACCAAGAGGCAGGGCGCCUCCUUCAUCGGGAUCCUGGACAUCGCCGGCUUCGAGAUCUUUGAUCUGAACUCCUUUGAGCAGCUGUGCAUCAAUUACACCAAUGAGAAGCUGCAGCAGCUCUUCAACCACACCAUGUUCAUCCUGGAGCAGGAGGAGUACCAGCGCGAGGGCAUCGAGUGGAACUUCAUCGACUUUGGCCUCGACCUGCAACCCUGCAUCGACCUCAUUGAGAAGCCAGCAGGCCCCCCGGGCAUCCUGGCCCUGCUGGACGAGGAGUGCUGGUUCCCCAAAGCCACUGACAAGAGCUUCGUGGAGAAGGUGAUGCAGGAGCAGGGCACCCACCCCAAGUUCCAGAAGCCCAAGCAGCUGAAGGACAAAGCUGAUUUCUGCAUUAUCCACUACGCCGGCAAGGUGGAUUACAAAGCUGACGAGUGGCUGAUGAAGAACAUGGACCCCCUGAAUGACAACAUCGCCACGCUGCUCCACCAGUCCUCUGACAAGUUUGUCUCGGAGCUGUGGAAGGAUGUGGACCGCAUCAUUGGCCUGGACCAGGUGGCCGGCAUGUCGGAGACGGCGCUGCCCGGGGCCUUCAAGACGCGGAAGGGCAUGUUCCGCACCGUGGGGCAGCUUUACAAGGAGCAGCUGGCCAAGCUGAUGGCCACGCUGAGGAACACCAACCCCAACUUCGUCCGCUGCAUCAUCCCCAACCACGAGAAGAAGGCUGGCAAGCUGGACCCGCAUCUUGUGCUGGACCAGCUGCGCUGCAAUGGUGUCCUCGAGGGCAUCCGCAUCUGCCGCCAGGGCUUCCCCAACAGGGUGGUCUUCCAGGAGUUUCGGCAGAGAUAUGAGAUCCUGACUCCAAACUCCAUUCCCAAGGGCUUCAUGGAUGGGAAGCAGGCGUGUGUGCUCAUGAUAAAAGCCUUGGAGCUCGACAGCAACCUGUACCGCAUUGGCCAGAGCAAAGUCUUCUUCCGCGCCGGCGUGCUGGCCCACCUGGAGGAGGAGCGGGACCUUAAGAUCACUGACGUCAUCAUAGGGUUCCAGGCCUGCUGCAGGGGCUACCUGGCAAGGAAAGCGUUUGCCAAGCGGCAGCAGCAGCUGACCGCCAUGAAGGUCCUCCAGCGGAACUGCGCUGCCUACCUCAAGCUGCGGAACUGGCAGUGGUGGCGGCUCUUCACCAAGGUCAAGCCGCUGCUGCAGGUGAGCCGGCAGGAGGAGGAGAUGAUGGCCAAGGAGGAGGAGCUAGUGAAGGUCCGAGAGAAGCAGCUGGCAGCGGAGAACAGGCUCACGGAGAUGGAGACGCUGCAGUCUCAGCUCAUGGCAGAGAAAUUACAGCUGCAGGAGCAGCUCCAGGCAGAAACCGAGCUGUGUGCCGAGGCUGAGGAGCUCCGGGCCCGCCUGACCGCCAAGAAGCAGGAACUAGAAGAGAUCUGCCAUGACCUGGAGGCCAGGGUGGAGGAGGAGGAGGAGCGCUGCCAGCACCUGCAGGCAGAGAAGAAGAAGAUGCAGCAGAAUAUCCAGGAACUUGAGGAGCAGCUGGAGGAGGAGGAGAGCGCCCGGCAGAAGCUGCAGCUGGAGAAGGUGACCACUGAGGCGAAGCUGAAGAAGCUGGAGGAGGAGCAGAUCAUCCUGGAGGACCAGAACUGCAAGCUGGCCAAGGAAAAGAAACUGCUGGAAGACAGAAUAGCUGAGUUCACCACCAACCUCACGGAAGAGGAGGAGAAAUCUAAGAGCCUCGCCAAGCUCAAGAACAAGCAUGAAGCAAUGAUCACCGACUUGGAAGAGCGCCUCCGCAGGGAGGAGAAGCAGCGACAGGAGCUGGAGAAGACCCGCCGGAAGCUGGAGGGAGACUCCACGGACCUCAGCGACCAGAUCGCCGAGCUCCAGGCGCAGAUCGCGGAGCUCAAGAUGCAGCUGGCCAAGAAAGAGGAGGAACUCCAGGCCGCCCUGGCCAGAGUGGAAGAAGAAGCUGCUCAGAAGAACAUGGCCCUCAAGAAGAUCCGGGAGCUGGAAUCUCAGAUCUCUGAACUCCAGGAAGACCUGGAGUCUGAGCGUGCUUCCAGAAAUAAAGCUGAGAAGCAGAAACGGGACCUUGGGGAAGAGCUAGAGGCGCUGAAAACAGAGUUGGAGGACACGCUGGAUACCACAGCUGCCCAGCAGGAGCUCAGGUCGAAACGUGAGCAGGAGGUGAACAUCCUGAAGAAGACCUUGGAAGAGGAGGCCAAGACCCACGAGGCCCAGAUCCAGGAGAUGAGGCAGAAGCACUCGCAGGCCGUGGAGGAGCUGGCGGAGCAGCUGGAGCAGACGAAGCGGGUGAAAGCCAACCUCGAAAAGGCAAAGCAGACCCUGGAGAAUGAGCGGGGGGAGCUGGCCAACGAGGUGAAGGUGCUGCUGCAGGGCAAAGGGGACUCGGAACACAAGCGCAAGAAAGUGGAGGCGCAGCUGCAGGAGCUGCAGGUCAAGUUCAACGAGGGAGAGCGUGUGCGCACGGAGCUGGCCGACAAGGUCACCAAGCUGCAGGUGGAGCUGGACAACGUGACCGGGCUUCUCAGCCAGUCCGACAGCAAGUCCAGCAAGCUCACCAAGGACUUCUCCGCGCUGGAGUCCCAGCUGCAGGACACUCAGGAGCUGCUGCAGGAGGAGAACCGGCAGAAGCUGAGCCUGAGCACCAAGCUCAAGCAGGUGGAGGACGAGAAGAAUUCCUUCCGGGAGCAGCUGGAGGAGGAGGAGGAGGCCAAGCACAACCUGGAGAAGCAGAUCGCCACUCUCCAUGCCCAGGUGGCCGACAUGAAGAAGAAGAUGGAGGACAGUGUGGGGUGCCUGGAAACCGCUGAGGAGGUGAAGAGAAAGCUCCAGAAGGACCUGGAGGGCCUGAGCCAGCGGCACGAGGAGAAGGUGGCCGCCUACGACAAGCUGGAGAAGACCAAGACGCGGCUGCAGCAGGAGCUGGAUGACCUGCUGGUGGACCUGGACCAUCAACGCCAGAGUGCAUGCAACCUGGAGAAGAAGCAGAAGAAGUUUGACCAGCUCCUGGCAGAGGAGAAGACCAUCUCUGCCAAGUACGCAGAGGAGCGCGACCGGGCUGAGGCAGAGGCCCGAGAGAAGGAGACCAAGGCGCUGUCGCUGGCCCGGGCCCUGGAGGAAGCCAUGGAGCAGAAGGCGGAGCUGGAGCGGCUCAACAAGCAGUUCCGCACGGAGAUGGAGGAUCUCAUGAGCUCCAAGGAUGAUGUGGGCAAGAGCGUCCACGAGCUGGAGAAGUCCAAGCGGGCCCUGGAGCAGCAGGUGGAGGAGAUGAAGACGCAGCUGGAAGAGCUGGAGGACGAGCUGCAGGCCACUGAAGACGCCAAACUGCGGCUGGAGGUCAACCUGCAGGCCAUGAAGGCCCAGUUCGAGCGGGAUCUGCAGGGCCGGGACGAGCAGAGUGAGGAGAAGAAGAAGCAGCUGGUCAGACAGGUGCGGGAGAUGGAGGCAGAGCUGGAGGAUGAGAGGAAGCAGCGCUCGAUGGCAGUGGCUGCCCGGAAGAAGCUGGAGAUGGACCUGAAGGACCUGGAGGCUCACAUUGAGUCAGCCAACAAGAACCGGGAGGAAGCCAUCAAACAGCUGCGGAAGCUGCAGGCCCAGAUGAAAGACUGCAUGCGUGAGCUGGAUGACACCCGCGCCUCCCGUGAGGAAAUCCUGGCCCAGGCCAAAGAGAAUGAGAAGAAGCUGAAGAGCAUGGAGGCUGAGAUGAUCCAGUUGCAGGAGGAACUGGCAGCCGCGGAGCGUGCCAAGCGCCAGGCCCAGCAAGAGCGGGAUGAGCUGGCUGAUGAGAUCGCCAACAGCAGUGGCAAAGGAGCCCUGGCAUUGGAGGAGAAGCGGCGUCUGGAGGCCCGCAUCGCCCAGCUGGAGGAGGAGCUGGAGGAGGAGCAGGGCAACACGGAGCUGAUCAACGACCGGCUGAAGAAGGCCAACCUGCAGAUCGACCAGAUCAACACCGACCUGAACCUGGAGCGCAGCCACGCCCAGAAGAACGAGAAUGCUCGGCAGCAACUGGAGCGCCAGAACAAGGAGCUCAAGGUCAAGCUGCAGGAGAUGGAGGGCACUGUCAAGUCCAAGUACAAGGCCUCCAUCACUGCCCUCGAGGCCAAGAUCGCACAGCUGGAGGAGCAGCUGGACAACGAGACCAAGGAGCGCCAGGCAGCCUGCAAACAGGUGCGUCGGACGGAGAAGAAGCUGAAGGAUGUGCUGCUGCAGGUGGAUGAUGAGCGGAGGAAUGCUGAGCAGUACAAGGACCAGGCUGACAAGGCAUCCACCCGCCUGAAGCAGCUCAAGCGGCAGCUGGAGGAGGCCGAAGAGGAGGCCCAGCGGGCCAACGCCUCCCGCCGGAAACUGCAGCGCGAGCUGGAGGACGCCACCGAGACGGCCGAUGCCAUGAACCGCGAGGUCAGCUCCCUGAAGAACAAGCUCAGGCGCGGGGACCUGCCGUUUGUCAUGCCCCGCCGAAUGGCCCGGAAAGGCGCUGGCGAUGGUUCCGACGAGGAGGUGGAUGGCAAAGCGGAUGGGGCUGAGGCCAAACCUGCCGAAUAAGCCUCUUCUCCUGCAGCCUGAGAUGGAUGGACAGACGGACACCACAGCCUCCUCUUCCCAGACCCUGCAGCAGGCCUCUCCCCACCUUCUUGGGACUGCUGUGAACGCGCCUCCCCCUGCCCUCAGCCCCGUCCCCCAUCCUGUUUCCCUCCAGGCGUUGUUGAGGGCAUUUGGCUUCCUCUGCUGCAUCCCCUUCCAGCUCCCUCCGCCGCUCAGAAUCUGAUACCAAAGAGACAGGGCCCGGGCCCAGGCAGAGAGCGACCAGCAGGCUCCUCAGCCCUCUCUUGCCAAAAAGCACAAGAUGUUGAGGCGAGGAGGGCAGGCCCCCGGGGAGGGGCCAGAGUUUUCUAUGAAUCUAUUUUUCUUCAGACUGAAGGCGUUUUGGUAGUCGGACCCCCCGCAGUUGUCAGCCUCCCUGACCUCUGCCACCAGCGCCCCCACUCCUCGUUUCUUUGCUGUUGGCAAUCACACGUGGUGACCUCACACACCUCUGCCCCUUGGGCCUCCCACUCCCAUGGCUCUGGGCGGCCCAGAAGGAGCAGGCCCUGGGGCUCCACCUCUGUGCAGGGCACAGAAUGCUGGGGUAGGGGGAGGAGUGGAUUCCUCCCCACCCUGUCCCGGGCAGCGCCACUGUCCACUGUCUCCCUCCUGAUUCUAAAAUGUCUCAAGUGCAAUGCCCCCUCCCCUCCUUUACCGAGGACAGCCUGCCUCUGCCACAGCAAGGCUGUCGGGUCAAGCUGGAAAGGCCAGCAGCCUUCCAGUGGCUUCUCCCAACACUUUUGGGGACCAAAUGUAUUGAAUGGUUAAGGGACUUGUCCCAAGUAUGACAGCCAGAGCGUUAGAGGGGCCAGCAGCCCUCCCAGGCGAUCUUGUGUCUACUCUAGGACUGGGCCCGAGGGUAGUUUACCUGCACCGUUGACUCAGUAUAGUUUAAAAAUCUGCCACCUGCACAGAUAUUUUUGAAAGCAAAACAAGGUUUUCUUUUUUUCCCCUUUCUCGUAAUAAAUGAUAAAAUUCUGAGUCUUUCUCACUGCCUUUGUUUAUAAGAGAGUUAGCUCGUCCUCACUGGUCUACACUGGUUGCCGAAUUUACUUGUAUUCCUAACUUUUGUAUAUGCUGCAUUGAGACUUACGGCAAGAAGGCAUUUUUUUUUUUUUUUUUAAAGGAAA